AUGUUUUCUCGGUCCUGCCGUCUCCCACCUGCGCGUCUGACUGGCGCCAAGGCCGAGUUUGAGCACAUGCUUCAGAUUGGUAUCAUCUGUCGGUCUGAAAACCCCUGGGCUUCACCCCUUCAUAUGGAUCACAAGGCCGCCACUGGUAACUGGCGCCCCUCCGGUGACUACAGAACCUUGAACAACGUUACUAUUCCUGACUUCAACCCUGUGCCGCAUCUCCAGGAUUUUGCCGAUGUUUUAUUCGAAGAGUCUGUCUUCUCCAAGAUUGACCUGAUUCAGGCGUUCCGUUAA